CUAUAUCCUCCCUGCCUGCCGCCAUCAUGGCUGCCUGUUUGGACGCAAACAGCUGCGAUGAUCUCGGAGCGUAGCCUUGUUGGCCUCAGCAAAGCGGACAAAAACUGAGGCAUCAUGGAUUGGACGGCAAGAUAUGUCCUGGCGUUAUCAGCGCUGAUCUUCCUACCACUGCUCGAAGCCUACUGCCCCCGUCUGGCGCCUGACGUCAUAAGUGGGAAGAUUAUUCCGUGCCGCUAUUUAUGCAUCAGGAUCAACUUCUUCGAGUUGCCCUCAAUCAUCCUUUCAACAGAGCGGGAUGGAGUCCUUUGUUCGACGCUCCUGUUACGCCGGCGCGGAGUCUGCAAGAACGGAGGCUGCUAUCCUUUUGAAUCUGAAGAUCAAAAGCGCAGGGGAAUGUUCCGAAGAGUAAUCACCAACAUCGACAAGUUCGCCUCGGGUUCCUACAAGAAACCCGUCGAUAAACCAGGUGCGCAGUCUGGACCCAUCGUGUCCGUCAUUCCUUCCCUGUUCGGCGGCCGUUCGAAGGACACCGCUAACGGCACGUCACCGCCUGCGAGCGGCCUCCCGCCCAGCUCACCAUCCUUACCAUCCGUAAGUGCCGGCACGAGCUCCUUGGUCAAAUCAGUGGGCACUACACUCACGAGUAUCUGGGCGCACGCCUUUCCCCUUAAUCUCAAGGCCGGACCUCCAAGGCGGCCUACCGCAGCCAAUACAGCACCUUCAAGCACACCACAGCAGGCACCAGGCGGAAUUACAGCCGCUAGUAGUGAUAGAACAAGCGUUGUCAGUACUAGUGGAGGACCACCAAUUCCGCCACCAUUGCCAGCAGAGGGAAGCCCGGCCACAGGCACGUCUCGUGGGCCGAAGAUUUUUGGGCAAAUUCCAGGACUGUCGUCAGCAUUAGCCUUCCGCAGCACAUUAAUGAAGCUGCGAGGCAAAGGCUCGGCAUCAGGUGCUCCCACAGGGAGUCCUGUUUCACCCGUAGCUGAAAUAAACGCGGUAGAAGCGGGGAGUAUCAAGGAAGGAGUGCCUGGAGCAUCAGGUGGAACGUCGGGAACAAAUGCAGUCGAGACUGGUGGAGGUCUGCCAGCGGCGGUGCCUCCAGCGUCACUAGGUAGCAACGACGCAAGGCCGACUUCAGCGUUGCCACAAGGAGCGGUGUCAGGACUUUUGUCAACAAUAGGAUUAGGUGGAACGCUAGCGACAAUUCAAGGUGAGAAUACGAGACCAGGUCUUCUAGGGCGUUUAAUCUCUUCCGCAACGCCGACGAACGUCCGAAAUGCAGCGAGUAUCAGCGAUGCAACGUCUGGUAGCGUAGGCGGAAUGUCUCAACCAAAUGCUAACAUUGUGAGAGGCCCACCGCUAGGCUCUACAGUGACGACACAGGGCAGCGGCAACAUAAACAUGACAUCAGGGCCAUCUCCGGGGUUAGGAUCGUCUCUACAGAUAUCAAGACUUCGGACAACAGCAGCGUUAAGGAAUGCUAUAAAUAAAUGGAAACAUAGAAAUCCUGCGUCCAAUGCUGCACCACGGAUUCCCAGUUCUCCCGCAGUUCAAAGUACGGCGGUAAAGAAUACAGGAAUGUCCGAAGCAACAAGUAGUAUACCACAGGCGAAUACUCCCGCUCCUCAUCGAGCAGUGCCAACUAUGCCAUCACUAACGGCACCACGCACCAGUAACGAAGUACCGGCUUCAGUGACGCAACAAGGGGGGAGGUCAGCCGGAAUAAUAUCGGGACUUUCGUCGGCAAUAGGAAUAGGGGGAAUACUAAGCACAUCGCGCGGAAGGAAUGCGGGAUCAAGUACGGUACCGAAGAGUACCAACACUUCCGCGUCUGAAAUAAAUGCGGGAAACGCAAGGAGCAAUAAUGAACUUUCCGUAACAGCAGGUUCAGUCGCUGGAACAAAUACAAAUCAUGCAACGAGUCCAUCAAAUCCCACGCCCGUGACGACACCGGGCCGCAGCGGUAACGAAAACGCGGCUUCAGGGGCACCUCGUGUGACAUUAUCACAAGGAGCAACGUCAGAACGUAGUACAGUAGUGGCAGUAAACAAAACCAUUAAUGAACCUGAAGAUGCAAAGACUCGCUCGGACGUUGCUCCAGCGAAUCCAAGUUUCCCUGAAGCUGCCACUGGUUUAGUAAAUCCGUCGGUAGCGCCUAUAUCGCCUAGAGCACCAAGCGGGGCUCUACGAGCACCAGGCGUCGAGAUCAUUGGACGGCCUGCAUCGGUUUCCCACUUAACGGCGCCGGAGACACCACGAGAGCCGCAUGCACCCAGGGUGUCUUCGCUGAUGCCCGGAGGCGCGGUGACCCCAUCUGCAAUGCAUCCAGUUCCGGAGUCAUCUAGUUCUGUUGGGUCAUCUAAAGCAACAGGGUCGAUCCUAAACAAAACGCCGCAUGAGACUCCUAGUGCUUCAUCCGCUGAAGGCGAAGCACUGAAACAACCUGCAAACGCUACAGCGAGUUUAGGCCCUUCAGCAGGAGGCGAGGGAGGCGCGGGCACAAGCACUGUGAGCACAGCAACAAGUGGCACAGAGGAAACAUUGUCGCGAGCACCAAGCGUAAAUGUAGCAUUACCGCCCGACAACGCACUGCCAGCUUCGAAACCCGAGGAAAUACCCGCGACAGUCAGCGAAACGGAAGGAAGAUCAACAUUAUUAUCAAGGCUACAAAAUGUCCGCGCAGCUGUCACUUCCCCGGUGACCGGUGGCGCCGAAGCAUCUAGAACAUUUGUUCGCAAUUUGUUCGGCAUGGGGAUGCGGCGCAGACUGACCAGCUAAUGCUAUCGUGCAAUACGUGAAAACAUUGAAAUAAAUUGAUCCGGCGUCUCGAUGGGAGCUCAUUGAACCAGAAGUUGAGAAUCGAUUCGUGUCUCUGACACCAUUCGAUUUUAAUUCGCACAGAUCUGGUAAAACUUUUACCUUGUACAAAGCACAGUUUUAUUAUAUUAGCUUUGUGAGUUGAAACGGCGGAUAUAUAGCUUCAACUGUUAAUAAAUGCCUCUUUAUAUAA